AUGAAAAGUAAUCAACAAAAGAUUGAAAUAGCUUAGAGUGAAAAAUUAUUACGUGAUCUUGACUUGUAUUAAAAAAUAUUUCUUUAAACAAAAUAUGAAAAUAAAAAAUAACAAUGUUUAGCUAUUAGAAGGCUUUUGCCAAAUAAAUAAUAUUCUUAACAUUAAUAACAAUCAUAAUAAUUAUUUAGUAAUCCAAGUCUGUAGUGUUUUAACACUUAAUUAGAUUAAGAAACUAGUUAUUCUAAUAAUCAAAAUUAAGUAAAUAUUCCUUAAGAAUUUAGGAAAGAAAAAGAAAAAAGAUAGCAAUCUCGAUGAUUGAUUGUUCAAAAAUUUUCAAAAUAUCUAAUAAAACUCAAUAUCCAACCUAAAAUAAACCAUUAUAAUCUUUAAUGUAGAAAAUUGUUAUUGUAAAUCAUCAAGGUAGACCAUAAACUUAUUACAUGAAGUGA